UUCUCUUACCAGACUCCGCUCGUUUGGUCAACGGAUAAAACUUUUUUUUUAUCCGCGUUUACAAAGAGUUCGAUUGCGAUAGCAGCAGGUGCAAGACUAACUAGUCGACGACACGAUAAAAUAACACAGCAGAAACAGUUGUCGAUGCUGUUGCUAAUACGUGAAAGUGUAUCUACAUGAACAGAGUGCUCGGGAGAAUAACACCGCUACUCCAGUCUCUCGUCUCGCGUACAAGUUUCCUGAGGCCGCGACAAUCCCCGUUUACCUGGCACUGCUCAAGUGUUAGCGGGAGAAAUUCCCCGUCGUUUCGUCAAGUCGCCGGGCAAUCAGAGUCCUCAUCUGAUCGGGGUGCUGAGCAGUCUUACCUGUAACCACUUGAGUGAUAUUACGUGAGCUCUGUGAGCUUCUUUACCUCUUACUUUACAAUAAUAAUUCGAAUAACCAGUGCGCUGACAGCCAGACAAUUAUUGCGGGUAAAAUUCAAAUGGAUUACGCGCGGUAGCAAAAUUUCGUUACUUACGCGGUUUACUUUUCCACGGGAUCCUAAGACAGCACCUGCAGUCAUUAAUUAUUCAUCAGAUAAAUAAUUAUUUUUAUUUCUUAAUGGACGAGUGUUUACUUGUGGGAUAACGGUUACCAAGUUUAAGACCGUUUCGGAUUCCUAUUGUCUUAUUGCUAAUUAAGUGACAAAUAAUUUAAAACAAUGAAACUCUAACUAUUCUUAUUGUUGUUAUAAAUGUGUACCCAGUAAGACUGCGGGUUUUUCACACAGCGCACACAUGACAGCGAUUACACGAUAAAAUAAUUGUUUAUUUAAACUAAAAUGUUUAAUUACAUCUAUGAUAUUAAAAGUGUAAUAGUGCACAAGUGAAGUUAUUUUGUUGUCAUUAUUAUUGUUAUAUAUAUAAUAUAUUUUUUACUGGAGUAAAAUGACUGUUUCGAUGGAGCACAAAAGAAAAAGUUCAUGGGAUUCAAAGAUUUCCGUGAGCACGGUGAGCACGCGAAGGUUCAGCAGAGCGGGAACUCCGUCUUCAAUCUUGUCCUCGGACAGCGACAUCAGAUUCACGAGGAAACUCGGCGGGCAGUACCGAUGUGGAUGCUGCGUACUCGCGGCAUUUUUGCUCUUCCUCCUCUUUUCCGGAGUCUCUAUCUACCUAGGAUAUCACCUCUUGACGUCAGACCCUCCCUCGGACCAAGUGUUCCUCGGGUCUUUCCGCGUGACAGACGGCGACUCCUUCACAAUAGAGUUGGCUGAUCCGUCGACUGAAGCUUUCCGUAUCCGUGCGAGGGAAUAUCGUGAUAGACUGAAUCUUGCUUUCCGCAGGAGCAAUCUCAGAAUUUCCUUCAUUGCUUCUGAAGUUCUUGCACUAGAUGGAGUGGAGAACAGUGACCUCGUUGUACACUUCGAGUUACGCUUUGAUCCGCGUUAUCAGACGGUAAAAGUUGCUGAUGUCGUCCAAGUGCUGACUAAGGAAAUAAACUCCGAGACGGCCAAGUACUUGGUGAACUUGACUAUCGACCCCAAGAGUCUCGAGGUCCAGGAGAGUUUUGCGGCGCUCAAUGCUCAGAUAACCAUGUCGACAACUGUCACGACCCCCCCGACAACGACAACAGCCCCGCCGCCCAGAAGCUGCAGUUCUCUGGAGCUGACUUACUGCAAGCAUCUUCCCUACAAUAUCACUUCUUACCCUAACAUUUUCGGGCACCGAUCUCUCUCUGACGUCGAAGAGGACGUAAUAGCCUUCAGAGAACUUGUUGACGCCGAGUGCUACAGACUGGCUUACGAUUUUGUGUGUCAAGUAUUGCAGCCAGCGUGUAUCGAAGGAACGCCUGAGGCGACGAUUAAACUUCCCUGCCGUAGUUUUUGCCGGGAAUUUUGGUCUGGUUGCGGCAAUCGUUUGCCAGAUAGAAUUAAAAAUGCUCUAGAUUGUUCGAAUUUCCCGGAAUAUGCCGACGAAGGAAGUUGUAAACCCAAACCAGGAUGCGUGAGAGAUUUGCAGAACAAAGCUCUGUCGCCGCGGAUUUGCGAUGGCAUAGUCGACUGUCCAGAUUUAUCUGAUGAAAAAAACUGCGCUUACUGCCAAGAGAAUCACAUGCACUGCGGGAUCGGCAGAACCUGCAUUCCAACUUCUAAAAGAUGUGACGGCAAAGCUGACUGUCCUAAUGGAUUAGACGAGAAAGAUUGCCUAUUUUUGGCUCAAAGCGUAAGUUCUGUUAAAAAUCAGCCAAUAGACACACCUCUGUCGGCGAAGUACACUCACGAAGGCUACGUGAUAUUCAACGAAAAAGGAACUGUUGGAAAACUUUGUAUCGAAAAUCUGAAUGCGACUCUACCCCAGACGGAAAUGGAUACAGUACUUCAAACAGCGGCAGCUUCUUUGUGCACUCUUUUGACUUAUAAUGGAAUGAGUUCCGUCGAAAUGAGAACUGACGACGAACAAGACGUACAGUAUGUGCACAUGGAGGAUCCUUUGGCAUCUGAAAUAUCUUUUGUACGCGCGCCCUGUCCAAGUAAACAAGUUAUGUAUGUUCGUUGUGCUGAACUAGAGUGCGGCAUACAGGCACUGAAGACAAAAACCGGCACCAAGGUGCUAAACAAAAUGGCUGAGCCGGGAGACUGGCCCUGGCACGUGGCUCUUUUCAAAGAAGAUUCCCACGUUUGCGACGCCACGCUGGUGUCCACCAACUGGCUGCUGACAACCGCGUCCUGUUUCCAAGGGCAGCCGAAGGCCGAGUGGUCAGCGAGACUGGGAACUGUACGACUCUCCAGUACGUCGCCGUGGCAGCAGGAGAGACGGAUUGUCGGGAUGGUAAAGUCACCUGUCGAAGGCAGCACGAUUGUUCUUCUAAAACUGGACAAGCCGGUGAUCGUUUACUCAGAUCUUGUGAGACCGAUUUGUCUGCCUUCGAGUCAAGAAUUUAUGCAGCUCAAUACUUCUCACUGCAACACACUGGGAUGGGCAAGAAACCGAGAUUUACUCCAACGCGUUCAGUUAAAGUACAGCGUGAUGGAAAAAUGCGAAAAUAUUAGCAUUGCUUCUGUUAAUGGAAUAUGUACUGACGCUGUUUACUCAACAGAUGACUGCAAUGAGGAAGAAUUAGCUGGGGCUCCGAUGAUUUGUCUGCUGCCAGAUGAGCGGAGAUGGGCUUUGGCCGGAGUCAGCAGUUGGCGAAUCGGCUGCUCGAAGUCUGCUAUCGAGAGACCCAGACUCUACGACAAAGUUUCGUCGAACAUUGCCUGGAUAAAAUCCACGAUCGCUUGAUUAACACAAUCUUUAUAUAAAUAUAAUUUUAAAAAAAUAAACCAAGUAUCUGCUAUUUAAGUUAGCAAUAAGUCUGACUGACGAUCUAAAUGUAAAUAAUGUUAUUCCAUUAUCCAGAUGCCAGAUAUUUUAUUAUUUAUUAGCUAUUAUUUUAAAUUAGCGACUAUUGUGUAUAAUUAAUUUAAACAUGUAAUUUUUUAAACAGUAAAUGUAUAUUUCAAGAUGUCACUCAACAAAAUAAAAAGAUUGUUAAUACUUGUAAA